AUGAUGGAGACCUCGCCGCCGCUGGGGCGGUUCCAGUACCAGAGGCUCGACUUGAAGCGUUGGGUCCCAACAUUUCUUUCUUCCCACAAAACCCUCUUCACCGUCUUGUGGAUCGCCGCCUUUGGUUCCGUCUUCCUCUGGCAGCAGAAUGUCGUCGGCGGCGGAGGGUUCAAUAUCUUCUGGCGGACGCCCGUCCGGCCGAUGCCCAAACUACGCCCGGUGGCUUUUAAUCUGACCGAUUUUGGUGGGGUGGGCGAUGGGGUCACUGUGAACACCGUCGCCUUCGAGAGGGCUGUCUCGGCGAUCUCAAAGCUUGGGAAGAGAGGCGGUGGGCAGCUGAAUGUGCCUCCAGGAAGUUGGCUUACUGGACCUUUCAAUCUCACUAGUCACAUGACUUUAUUCCUUGCCGAGGGUGCUGUUAUACUUGGAAUUCAGGAUGAGAAGUAUUGGCCUCUUAUGCCACCAUUGCCUUCCUAUGGGUAUGGGAGAGAGCAUCCUGGUCCUCGAUAUGGGAGCUUAAUUCAUGGUCAAAAUCUCAAAGAUGUUGUCAUCACUGGACACAAUGGUACCAUAAAUGGCCAGGGUCAAACAUGGUGGAAGAAGUACCGCCAGAAGCUCCUAAACCACACUAGGGGUCCUCAUGUUCAGAUAAUGUAUUCAAGCGAUAUUGUGAUCACGAACAUAACUUUGCGUGAUUCCCCAUUUUGGACUCUCCAUCCAUACGACUGCAAGAAUGUAACCAUAAGGAAUGUUACGAUUUUGGCUCCCAUAUUCGAGGCCCCAAACACUGAUGGAAUUGAUCCUGAUUCAUGUGAGGACAUGAUAAUUGAAGACUGCUAUAUAAGUGUGGGGGAUGAUGCUAUUGCAAUUAAGAGUGGCUGGGAUCAAUAUGGAAUUGCAUACGGGCGACCUGCAAAAAAUAUUCUCAUCCGUAAUCUAGUGGUUCGCUCUAUGGUCAGUGCUGGAAUAUCUAUUGGAAGCGAGAUGUCUGGUGGGGUAUCAAAUGUCACCGUAGAGAAUGUCAUUGUAUGGAAUUCGAGGCGUGCAGUUCGUAUCAAGACUGCCCCCGGAAGAGGAGGUUAUGUGCAACAAAUAAGGUACUGCAACCUAACAUUUGACAAUGUGAGAGUGGGAAUUGUAAUGAAAACCGACUACAACGAACAUCCAGAUGAAGGGUACGAUCCAAAGGCUGUUCCUGUGAUCCAAGACAUAAGCUUCACCAGCAUCCAUGGCCAAGGAGUUCGUGUGCCUGUACGAAUACAUGGGAGUGAAGAAAUCCCUAUAAAGAAUGUGACUUUUCAAGACAUGUCAGUUGGACUAACAUACAAGAAGAAGCAUAUAUUUCAGUGUGCCUUUGUGGCAGGGCGUGUAAUAGGGACCAUUUUCCCAGCACCUUGUGAGAACCUCGAUAGGUACGAUGAACAAGGACACCUUGUCAGGCGUUCAGCUUCACAGAAUACCACAGACAUUGACUAUGAUUUUUGA